AUGAAGUACCCUCUGGUGCCGCUGGUGAAUGAUCUCACAUUUUCUUUCCUGGUGUUCUGGCUCUGUCUGCCUGUGGGCUUGCUGCUAUUGUUCAUCGUCUGGUUAUGCUUCUUGCUUAGCCAAGAUUCAGAAGAAAAUGACUCCAGUUUAUGCUUCGAUUGGGAGCCAUGGAGCAAAGGGCCAGCUGAGUUUAGCUGGGAGGGGACACUCUAUAGCCGAGAAGAGGAGAGGUCCCUCUGGUGA